GAAGGUUCCUACGGCUGAGACCGAGCUCUUAAUCAUGGGUUCUUCCGUUUCCCAGCCACUUGAGCCAGUCAAGGAGGUUGCGCCUCCUGAGGUCGCCUCCUCCGCCAACCCCGUGCCCGUCAUUGCACCCGGAGCGCUGACCCCUCCAGCGGAAGCCCCUCUGUUUAAUAACUGCUGGAGCUGUCGCGUGCUCUCCGGGUCCGGGCUGAUAGGGGCGGGCGGGUACGUGUACUGGGUGGCACGGAAGCCCAUGAAGCUGGGAUACCCCCCGGGUCCAGGCACGAUUGCGCAGAUGGUCUUCGGCAUCAGCAUUGCUUGCUGGGGUGUCGUCAUCCUGUCAGACCCCAAAGGGAAGGCCUUCCGCGCUGGUUGAAGUACCACCACUGAAUGUGUCAUCUCUCGGCGUCCCCAUGACACACAGAACAAGCAUGGGGCGUAUGGAUGUUCUGGACAGACACAUGGACAUUGGCAGACUCAGUCCUGCAGAU